CAGACUUCGCUACCUAGCUGUUAAAUUUAGACGAUAAACGUGCUUAGCGUUAAAUGCUGUGUUUAGUUUCUUACGUCUAACUAAUAAUGUUAAUGUGUAACAUAUGACAACCUUUCCCAACAAGUUAACUGUUGUUACGUUAGCCUAUGUGUUAGCCACAGUCUAGCAAGAAAUAAAACGUUAACCUAUAACUCUAGGUGAACGUUACAGUAAAAGGAUCUUUUAAGCAACUGCAUGUGGGACGUUCUGAGCAUGUUGUCCAAACGGCGGCAUGUUGCCAAAUCUGACAUCUCCCCAGUUCUCUUCAUGACUGUGGAUGGUGAACCCAUGUCUUUCUUCCUGCGACCGAGUCCCAACAAAGUUAAGCUCCAGCCGCUCAUCACAGCAGGAGGAGGGCUGCUGUGUAAUGUUCAGCGGUCUGGAGCAAUCCUGCUGAUUGACCCUGAGGAAAGAGGCUCUGUUCCUGAAACGUCUGCUCGCUGGUACGUGUCCACCCAGUAUAUUUACGAUUGUGUUGAGAGGGGUGAACAGCUGGAUGUAGAGCACUACAGGUUAAAGCCUGAGGUGGUCCUGAGACAUUCUGCUAGGCUCAACAACAGCAAAGAGGGCUCUCCUGGACUCUUAGGAGGCAGGGCUGCCUACACCCCUGAAGAGGACGCUGCCAUUUUGAGUUAUGUUAGAAAUCACAUGACACAGACUGGGGGAAACCGACUUUGGCAAGAGAUGGAGAAGAAGUGUGUGACCAGUCACAGUUGGCAGUCGAUGAAACAUCGUUAUAAAACACAACUGGCUAAGAAACUAUCUGGGGUUGAGGAGGUGAAAACCAUAAAGGAGAAAACAAAGGAAGAGGGAGAUAAGGAAACUGAAGAGGGUGCUGUACCUCCUCCACAUUCACCAGCAACAGACCAUCUUCAGACACAUUCAGUGGAAACAGACCUAAUGCAGAUCGAUGCCCAGCCCAUAGCAGUUGACAGCACGCCAGCCAAUGUAGAAGAUCAAACAUGCAGCUCUCUUCAAGAAGAAGUGCAACAUGUGAAGCCACAGACUGAUGUCCCAGCAGCUGAAAGCACACAAGCAGAAAUAGCAGCCACUGAAACAUCAGGCUCCCCGCAACCUAAGGGGCUCUGUUUGGAUUCACAGACAGAUGUCCACCCCAUUCCAGCUGAGAGCACAGAGCCAAAAAGAGCAAAAGCACAAUCAGUCAUCUCUCCACAAAAAGGAACUGUGCUGGAUUCGCCCAUGGUGGAACAACCGCAGCGUCGAAUAACACGCAGGCAGCUUGUGCUUGAGCCGUCAUCGUCGCCUGAAACUUAUGGGAAAAAACUUAGAUCAUCAUCCACUUCUGCUGAAAAACCAUCAUCAUCCCCCCAGCCACUGAAGAAAACGAAAUCAGCUGUUAAGUCUCCUCUCCAAAAAGACUCAGCAGUAGACCAGUCACCUUCUAAGAGAGCCAAGGGAAAGACUGUAGCAGCGGUGGAAGAAAGUCAACGAGAGGAGAGUGAAGAAGCUACCGUCUCUGAAAGACCACCAUCAGAUCAAGAAUUGAAUCCAUUGCUACAGAAGGGAGAGAAGAAAAAGGAAAAGAGAAAGUUGGGGAUUCUGGAGUUGGCUACAAAGGAGUUUGAAAGUGAAAGUGAGUCUGGUGAAGAUGAAACUCCAGAUCUCCAAAAUCCAGUUGAAACAGUGAUGAUACAGUCCACAUCAACAGAGCCCCCAGUCCCACCUUCAGACACACCUGCAGAUCCUUCUUCCACACAGUCCAGCCCUCAACCUAGACCCAGCCUCCAGAUGAAUGUCCAAGAUGCCCACAAAGCCUCCAGGGCCCACCUGUUUAUAUUUGACAGCGACUCUCAAGAAGACGACACUCAGUCCCCUGGUGAUAAUACAGCAGCUCCGGCAAAGCCAUAUGUGAAUGAAGACGCUGCACUUCCUCUGACUCAAGUCCAGUUAGAGGAGGACAGGGAGCGAAUCAUAGAGCUGAUGGACCAGACAAAACAGGACUUAGUUAGUGUGAUCAAAGCCCUGAUGAAGACCAGUGGAGACAUCCCUGCUGCACUGGAUCUGCUUUUAGAUCCCUCCUCCGUUUCUGGACCAUUUUGGAAUCGCUAUGACGACGGCCUUUUGCUCUCAGCUGAUGCUGUCCUCCGUCAGCAGCUGCAGGAGAAAUACGGUGAGGAAAGCUUGGCCAAAAGAAUAGUGUUUCUUGAGCUGGAGGGAUGAAAGAGUGACAUCUGGAUAUGGAUGUGGAGCAUACUCAUCUAGUACAUCAUACAACUAGAGUGAAAUCAGCAGGCUACUGUAGUUAGCUGAUACAGUAUUUGAUAGAGUUUGAAUUUCCACUUUCACUGUCAGUUUAUUGACAGUUCUGCUUGUUUCAAAAUGAAAUUACAGAUUUUGCAGCUUUUCCUUUGUUACAGCUUUUUCCGAGCCUGACCACUUCUGACAUUUGAGGACUGAAAAGAAAAUCACACACAGUUUAACUAUUGUUAUAAUUUGUUAGGUAAAUGACAUAGAGGCUGUUGUUCCAUGCUGCAUCCCACUUGUUUUGAGUUUUUAACGUGCAUUUUAGCAUGAAAAUUCUAUGUAUUUUUAUGCGUUUUAAGGGCUUUUUUG